AGAGAGAGAGAGAGAGAGAGAGAGAGAGAGAGAGAGAGAGAGAGAGAGAGAGAGAGAGAGAGAGAGAGAGAGAGAGAGAGAGAGAGAGAGAGAGAGAGAGAGAGAGAAAGGGGCGGGCCGAGGGAGUGAUCGACGGAGGGAGAGACGUAUGGUAUGAACGAGUAGAGAGGGGGGCUACCGGGUCGACUUGUCUAGCGCUCUCUCCUCCUCCAUCUCCUCAGCCUACUCCCCCUGCUGCUACUCCUCCUUCUCCUCCUCCUCUCUCUUGCGGCAGCGGCCAUGCUGUCUCGUGGAUGAUUGACGUUGCGUCCAGCGGAACCGGCGGCUCGUGCAGUUGAAGCACUUUGCGGGGGGCAGUUAGGCCCGAGACGAGCGCAUUCCGCCCAUCAACACACCGGGACAUCUCCGCAUCCCUCGUGCGGUGGUUAAGAAGACGACGCACAACCGCUCUGUCUCGUGCCGAAACGGAGUACCGGGAGGAAGGAAGCCUCCCUAGCAACGGACCCGUGCAAAGGCGUUAUUGCACCGGAGACCGGUGUUGGUGGUAGACCGGAGAGCGAUGGAGCCGCAGCGGGCAUGCGCAUCACCGUGCUAAAGACGCCGGUGGAGGGCGUGACGAACCGGCACGAGAGAGACGAGCAGCGGGGCGCGAGACGAAGAAGUAACCGCAGACAUUGAUCGGGAUUUGACAGGAGCCGACCGGGUCUCGAGCCGCGGACGGGAGAGAGAGAGAACAUCUGGUGAGAGCUUUCGGAACAUGUGGAGAGACGCGCUCCCUGGAAGAGGAAAGUAGCGACGCUUCUCGCACGCAGACCCCAUCGUCAUGUCGCUGAACGGUAAGAGCCUCGAGCUGGAGCACUUUGACGAGCGGGACAAGGUGCGACGGGGCCGCUCCACGCGCACCAAGAGAGAUGAGUCGUCCGGCCCGGGGUCUCGAGGCAGCAGCCUGGUCCCGAGCCCCGCGCACAGCGCCAACUGCAGCUACUACCGAACGCGCACCCUGCAGGCGCUCACGUCGGAGAAACGGGCCAAGAAGGUCCGCUUCUACCGGAACGGGGACCGAUACUUCAAGGGUCUCGUUUACGCUGUCUCCAGCGACCGCUUCCGUUCAUAUGACGCGCUGCUCAUGGAGCUCACGCGCUCCCUGGCGGACAACCUGCACCUCCCGCAGGGCGUGCGUACCAUCUACACCGCGGACGGAAGUAAGAAGAUAACGAGCAUGGACGAGCUGAUUGAAGGAGAGUGCUACGUGUGUGCGUCCAACGAGACCUACAAGAAGGUCGACUACACCAAGAUCUCCACCCUCAGCUGGAAGCCCGGCGCCGCCUCCGCCGCCGCCGCCGCCGCCAACAACAACCCCGGCGCCGCCGCUGGCGUGGCGGCCAGCGCUCCGGGGUCCGCGCGGUCGGCGGGGGGGGUCUCGGUCUCCCCGGCGCCGCCCAGGGAGAGAGGGGAGAGAGGGGAGAGAGGGGAGAGAGGGGAGAGAGGGGAGAGCCGGGAGAGCAAAGACUUUAUCAAGCCCAAGCUGGUGACCGUCAUUCGCAGCGGGGUGAAGCCCCGCAAGGCGGUCCGUAUCCUGCUCAACAAGAAGACGGCGCACUCCUUCCAGCAGGUCCUGGCUGACAUCACCCAGGCCAUCAAACUGGACUCUGGAGCGGUGAAGAGGCUCUACACACUGGAUGGGAAACAGGUGACGUGUCUGCAGGAUUUCUUCGGGGAGGACGAUGUGUUCAUGGCGUGCGGACCCGAGAAGUUCCGCUACGCUCAGGACGACUUCGUUCUCACGCACGGCGGCAAACCGGCCCCCUUCGUCAGUGAUUCGAAGACCAAGGUGUCUAAACCACCGGUCCCUCAGAAGACUACAGCUCCCAGAAGCCUCAGCGGCACCUCCUCAAAGACUCCGCCUAGGACCCCACCCAGGACCAAGUCCCCUGGCCCAGCCACUGAGUUGUCAGGAUCCCAGUUGACCGGGAGGUCAUCCAGGACUAGCCCCUCCCCCACCAGCCCACGACCUAACCUGAAGAUUGCCCCUUACUCCUCCUCUUCCGAUGUCAACGGUGCGGCCAUUAAAGCGGGCGCCACCAGCCCAGAAGUGAACGGUAACCGGAGUCUGGCGUCCUCCAUCAUUGGAGAGAAGUACUGUGUGGGGAAGGUGAUCGGGGACGGGAACUUUGCUGUGGUCAAGGAGUGUGUGGAGAGGUCCACAGGCCAGGAGUAUGCCCUGAAGAUCAUAGACAAAGCUCGCUGCAGUGGAAAGGAGCACCUGAUAGAGAAUGAGGUGGCGGUCCUGAGGAGAGUCAGACACCCCAGCAUCAUCCAGCUGAUGGAGGUGGACGACACCCCCACCCACCUCUACCUUGUGAUGGAGUUGGUCAAGGGGGGAGACCUGUUUGAUGCGAUCACCUCCUCCACUAAGUACUCAGAGAGGGACUCCAGUGCCAUGGUGUACAACCUGUCAGGAGCCGUGCAGUACCUGCACCACCUCAACAUCGUGCACCGGGACAUCAAGCCUGAGAACCUGCUGGUUUGUGAGUACCCAGACGGGACCAAGUCUCUGAAGCUGGGGGACUUUGGUCUAGCCACGGUGGUGGAGGGCCCCCUCUUCACCGUGUGUGGGACCCCCACGUACGUGGCCCCCGAGAUCAUCGCAGAGACGGGCUAUGGUCUCAAGGUGGACAUCUGGGCAGAAGGAGUGAUCACCUACAUCCUUCUCUGUGGCUUCCCGCCCUUCCGAAGCGAGAGUAACAUCCAGGAGGAGUUAUUUGAUCAGAUUCUCAAGGGAAAGUUGGAGUAUCCUUCUCCAGACUGGGACAACAUCAGCCUUCCAGCCAAGAUGCUGAUUAGUCAAAUGCUGCAGGUGAACGUGGACGCUCGAUACACUGCUGAGGAGGUGCUGUCCCACCCAUGGGUGACAGAUGAAGGGCCUUCAGACAGUAACGCCGAGGUCAGCUCAGAGAAGGACCAGGACGAAGCAGCUCCAGAAGCAUCGCAAGAACCUCCACAACCUUCUGACCUGGACAACCAAAACGUCCUAGACACGCCCCCCAACACACAAGAACCUUGCCCCGACACACCUACACCAUAAGACACGCCCCCUGGCCCACCUACACUCUAGGACAUGGCAACAACAAGACAUGCCUCCUAACACGUCCCCUCCACACCGGAAACAGCACAAUAAGCAACACAAUAAGACAAGCCCUGUAACACACUUACGCACCAAGACACGUACCCUAACACAACUACACACUAACGCAGGACCCCUAACGCACGUACACACUAAGACACACACCCUAACCCACUACACAAUAAGACAGGACCCCUAACACACCUGCAGUAUACUAGUCCAGAUCACAACUCCUUUCAAACCUGCACUAGUCCUGUCUAUACAUUACGUUAGUCCCUACUAUUCCCACAUGAUACUGGUCCAGGACCAAACCAUUUCCAAGACGGACCAAUUUGACUGCCCUAAACCCGUGGCUGGUGCUUGGUCUGACUGAGCAGCAGCCUCAGUGUGGACCCAGGAGCAGAGGAUGUUUCACUGUGACGACAACCACAUCCACAAUGUCUCUCUGCCGGGGUCGCCAUGUCGGGGCCAAGUGCUGCUUAGGGCUGCUUGUCCACAAAGACUUUUCACGGGAUCGACCUUCUCAUCAGCCACUGGGAAAUGCAACCCUCCACACCACAAGGGGGCAGUCUGGUCUCGAGCUGCUCCUAGAACCGUCCACGUUCCUCUGUAGAUUCUACAUGAAACAUGCUGAUGGAUGUAGCCAUCGCGUGGGAAUAAUGUACAUAGUGUUGUGUCUGUCUGUGGCUGUCUGUUUUAACAUGGGAAAACCCAUAGACAUCAAAAAAAUAUUUCGACCCCGACACAUGACAUGUUAGCUUCCUAGUAAAUCCUUGAAUACCUUGAAAAAAAAAAGAACAAUAGUAGUAAAAGGAACAAUAGAUCAAUUUCAUAUAUCGGUGUCCCUCCCCAUGUCAUGUGAGCCGGGGUCAUUUACCUUUUCAAAGGACAUGCUCUUAGCAGCAUUAAAACACUGAAAGAAAACAUUCUACACUGAAACGUACGUACAGUAAAAAAAAAACGAGAUUUCAUGUUCUUGUAGGAUUUCCUUUUGCAACAAAUGAACCGUUGAGCGUGAAAGAGUGAGAGGCAUGAUGAGGGAUGGAUCUUCGUUUUCGUAUUGUGUAAUAGGAACAAUUGUGUUGAUCUGACCUAACCAUGACCUGACCUAUGACCUUAUCAUGGCCUUGUUUGACCUUUGACCCAGGCCGCUGAGGAGAAGGAGGGUUGCUCUAUGCAGUGCCUAUUCUGUCCUCACUGAACACUGUACCUCACAUCAAAGCACCUGUUUCCUGCUCUUCCUACACCCCAGUGUUGGGGUGCGCUACCAGCGAACGCCGCUAGCGUACUCGCCUGUAGCCUAGCGACAGCCUGUGAACUCCUCUCUCCAUCAGUGGCUUGACCCUUGGCCCUUGACUUUUUAUGCCUGCUAUGAACUUACUGGUCGUCAAGUCUUGAGUUGUUGCUUUCUACCAAACCGAGAAGAGCCUUCCGUUAGUCCUCGUCGUGCCACAACCACUCCCCGGUCCAAUACGCCGACGAGUCUGCGCUUACUGCGGUCGGAAGGUGCUCCCCAAGCACCACCACACCUCUACUGCUGCCGUCCGUCUGCACCACCGUCCUCCGGUCUACCGCACUGCCCAAGGACAACCCCUCUGUCCACGAGAGGAACACCACAGACACUACGCUAUAGGACGUCGUACCGGCUCAUGGUCUGAGGACAGCUAGUUAGUGGAAGUGCCUGCUCUGUAAUCCGACCUGCUCCCGACUCCGGAGCCUCUCCCCGGGAGGUUUGAAUGUUGAAAUGGGUCAGAACCGAAGCGUCUGAGGGGGUGGUCACUGGCUUUAUGUGUGUCUUCUUCAUCCAAAUCAGUGUGUUGUGAGAUGUUAUGUUAGAGAGAGAGCUCUCCCAUCACACCUCAUGUUAGGAGUUAAGUACGUUUAGGAGAACGAGUAUUUCACCAAACCUGGAUGGAGCCUGGAGAUCUUUGUAGACCAUACGGACUCUGUUUGCUAUCUAUGUCAUUCCAUGGGUUUAAAAAAGAUGGUGAAUCUGACUUUAAAACCAAUCUGCUUUUCUAGCUGUGUUGAUAAGGAAAUAACACGGUAAAUCUGGUUUUAAAACCACUGGUAUUCAGCUUGUGUCAACACGCAACAGUCAAUGUUGUUUUAGGUCAAAGGUCAGCAUUGAACUGCAGCACUCGAGCAGGUCUCAAGACUGAAUGAGUUAUAUUUCAGUAUUUGGUUUUGAGGACAUUGUACCUUCGAACAUGUUUUUUUAAUUAGCCAGGAGAGUGUAUUGUAUAGAAUUGGUUCACCACACAUUUGUUGGUGACGGUAGACCUGUAUGGGAGGUAUUCAUGUUGGUCUCUCUGUCCCAUCAGUGUUUAGAGGGUCAGUCCAGGUUUGGUUCAUACCGUUUUAAAGACAUGUUUAAUGAUGAAGAACAUAAAUGUGAUAGAUAUGUGUAAUAAAUUGAACAGGAUGUUGGCUGGAACAGGGUGUGGCAAUUCACAGCAGAAAAAAAACAAAUCAUUCAGUGGAAUCAACAAAAAAUGAUGACAGCUGUGAAACUGAAAAUAAAAAUGCCGUAACAUCUUAA